AUGAGUGGGUAUUCCAGGAUUAGCGAUGAGUCCAGCAGCCAGCAAUCUGCAAGAUCCAUGGAUGAAUUUUCAGAAAGCAAUGAAGGAGAGAAAUUCGGAGUGAUGCUGGGUAGGAGUGCUUCUUCUUCUUCUUCUUCAUCUCAGUUUCAGUUUCAGAGGGCAUUCUCAAUGAGAAGAUCUUCAUCAGUUUCAGAAAGAUACUGCAGGAUCCACGACCAGUACACGCCACCGCCUAUUGGAUCUAAGAAGAAGCAGAGAGGAGGAGGACCCAAUAAGAUCCUCAAAGCCUGUAAGCGCCUCCUUCGACUCUAG